UUGUCCCGCCAUGAAGCAGCGGUUUUCGUCUCUCGAUGUGAAGGUCAUCGCCAACGAGCUUUCAAAGACACUCGUUCCCCUCAGAGUCACCAAUGUCUACGACCUCUCCUCUCGAAUAUUCCUCAUCAAAUUCCACAAGCCGGACCAUCGAGAGCAGCUGAUCAUCGAAUCCGGAUUUCGGUGCCAUCUCACGAACUAUGCUCGCACGACUGCAGCCGCGCCGUCGGGCUUCGUCGCCCGCUUGCGAAAAUACCUGAAGACAAGGAGAGUCACCUCGAUCUCGCAGGUCGGCACCGAUCGAAUCAUUGAAUUCCAAUUCUCCGACGGCCUAUAUCGUUUGUAUCUGGAAUUCUACGCCGGAGGCAACAUCGUCCUCACCGAUGGCAAUCUAAAGGUCCUUGCGCUUCUGCGAAACGUCGACGAAGGCGCUGAGCACGAGCGGCUGAGAGUGGGGCUCGAGUACAAUUUGUCUCUGCGACAGAAUUAUGGCGGUGCGCCGGAGCUGACAAAAGAAAGGGUGCGCGAGGGUCUUCAAAAAGCAGUGGAGAGACAGCAGAAUGCGGCCGCUGGAAAGAAGAGCAAGAAGCAGGGCAAGGAUGCGCUUAGAAAAGCUCUGGCUGUUUCCAUAACAGAAUGCUCGCCGCUGUUGGUAGAUCAUGCGUUGCAUAUCGCAAAAUUCGAUUCGACGUUGAAACCAGAGCAAGUGCUACAGGAUGAAGAUCUCUUGGAUAAACUCGUUACGAUUCUACUAGACGCACGAACGAUCUCGGAGAGCAUCACCAAGUCCGAUCCCGUCAAAGGAUACAUUCUUGCGAAACCCAAUCCUGCAGCCCCUAAACCCGAUAGCGAGGGUGCUGAUAAGCCCAAUCUACUCUAUGACGACCUCCAUCCCUUCCGACCUGCACAAUUCGAAGACUCAGAGUACACUUUCAUAGAAUUCGAAGGAUUUAGCAAGGCCGUUGACGAAUUCUUCUCGUCCAUCGAGGGUCAGAAGCUGGAAUCCAAACUGCACGAGCGCGAACUUGCAGCUCAGAAAAAGCUAGACAGUGCAAGGAAAGAGCACGAGAACCGGAUUGGUGGCCUGCAACAGGUGCAAGAGUUGAAUUUCCGUAAGGCGGAGGCAAUUCUUGCAAAUGUUCACCGUGUUACCGAGGCCAUGGAAGCCGUCAAUGGCCUCAUUGGGCAAGGUAUGGAUUGGGGUGAGAUUGAUUUACUCAUCGAACGCGAGCAAGCUCAGGGCAAUGCGGUGGCGCAGAUGAUUAAGCUUCCUCUGAAGCUUCAUGAGAACACUGUCACUAUAUUGCUUGACGAAAACAGCGCAGACCAGGUAGGACAGGAAGAUGAGGAAGGUUAUGAGACGAGCUCAGUCAGUGAGGAUUCUGAUGAGGAUGAACCCGCCACGAGUUCCAAGAAGGCGAACACUCCCCCCAAAGUAGCGGCACCGCCAAAAUUAGCAAUCGACAUAGACCUGUCACUCUCGGCAUGGGCGAACUCCACCGAAUACUUUGAUCAGCGACGGUCCGCAGCCGGAAAGGAGGCGCGAACGCUUCAAGCAUCCGAGAAGGCCCUGAAGAGUCAUGAACGCAAAGUGCAGGACGACCUCAAGAAGGGCUUGAAACAGGAGAAGGAGGUCUUGAGGCCUGUUCGAAGGCAACAAUGGUUUGAGAAGUUCAUCUACUUCCUUUCCUCUGAUGGUUAUCUUGUGCUCGGCGGUAAAGAUGCCCAGCAAAACGAAAUCAUCUACCGACGAUACUUCCGCAAAGGAGACGUUUACGUCCAUGCAGAUCUGAAGGGUGCCCAACCAAUGAUCAUCAAGAACAAACCAAACACACCGGAUGCACCGAUUCCUCCAUCGACACUUUCACAAGCAGGCCACCUUUCUGUCUGUACUUCCGAGGCAUGGGAUUCAAAGGCCGUUAUGUCGGCGUGGUGGGUCAACAGCGAACAAGUCAGCAAGACUGACCAGACUGGUACAUUCUUACCGCCGGGAAUGUUCAACGUCACAGGAAAAAAGGAAUUUUUGCCUCCAGCCCAACUCAUCGUCGGAUUAGGAGUGAUUUUUGAAAUCAGCGAAGAGAGCAAAGCUCGUCACCAAAAGCACCGCAUUGGAGACGCACCCACCACAGAGUAUACCGAAACGAAGGCGGAUAAUGGUACGGCUGCUGCAGCUGAUGGACAAGACAGUGAUAGUGAAGAGGAUUUCCCGGACGCAAAGAUCGAAGAAGAGUCGGACGAUGACUUUCCCGAUGCCAAACUGGAUGAGGGAUCAGAUGCAAGCGACGACGACGAGCCUUCCGGGCGCUCCAAUCCCUUGCAAUCCAGCGCUCCUGGUAACCGCAACGAUUCUGACGCCGACUCUGACGCGGGCGAAGAAGCUAAACCUCAAGGUGUAGCGGGCAAAACUACUACCACCCACACAGAACAAGAUGAUGUUGGCUCCGUUGCCGAUUCUGAAAAGACAGAGAGCAAACAAGGGAAGCGUCAUUUAUCUGCGCGUGAAAGACGUCUUCUCAGGAAGGGACAGACCCCAGACAGUUUGCUGAAAUCUGAAUCACAACAGCAGUCUGACGAGGAGGAGGAUGAUGCCUCUAAAGCUAACUUCACAGAGGUUGGUACACAGACGUCACGACAAUCGCAACCCGCAGCAAGUGUGUUCUCUCAGACAUCAAAAGCAUCUACCAAUAAGCCACUGCCCAGAGGAAAGCGUGGAAAGGCCAAGAAAGUGGCUGCGAAAUACGCUGAUCAAGAUGAAGAAGAGCGGGCACUCGCAAUGCGUCUUCUGGGAGCAACAUCAGGCCAAAAAGCAAAAGAAGAUGAAGCGGAGGCAAAGCGAGCAAAGGAGGAGGAAGCCUUGGCGAACAAGCAGCGUCGUCGAGAACAACACCUUCGAGCACAAGCCAUCGGCAAAGCUGCCGAAGAAGCUCGCCGUGCUGCCCAUGAGGGCAAUGGACAGGAUGACGAUGCCAUUGACGAUGAGACGCUCAAGGCUCAGCUUCUCGAGCUAGAUGCGCUCACGGGCCGUCCCCUACCGGGAGAUGAGAUCAUCUCGGCGAUCCCGGUGUGUGCUCCAUGGUCGGCACUUGCUUCUUUCAAGUACAAGGUCAAGAUACAGCCAGGUGCGGUGAAGAGGGGCAAGGCCGUGAAAGAGAUCCUCAUGCGAUGGGACGCGGCUGGCAAGAACCCCCGUGCCACCGACAAACACAGCAAAGAUGUGGAGAGAAUCUGGCCCCAAGAAAUAUCACUCAUCCGUGGCUGGAAAGAGACUGAGGUAGUAGGCGUUAUGCCAGUCAGCAAAGUAAGGGUGAUGAUGGCUGGUGGGACAAGUGGCGGCGGAGGAGGAGGGGGUAACAGUGGUGGUGCCAAAGGAAAAGCCAAAAGCGCCAGAGGCGGACGUGGAUCGAAGAAGCGAUAAAGAUCCCGUUGCCAAUUGGUCAAUAUAAGUACAACAAUAUCUGAUACUCAAUUGUCCACCAUUCAGGCAAAACAGAGGUUGAGCACCUGCAGCGAUUGACUCGUUGCUAGGUGUGUCAUUACCUACAUACAUAUGUAUGUGAUUGAAGGUGUGUGAGAGAGUUAACGAGUGUCGUGAGAACUGCCAAGGGACCGUCGUUGAAUUAAUCUCGUCCCAUGUUCGGUUUUUACCCCAUGCGGUUAGCGAUUUCCCAUUUAAGGCUUCCAAAGCAGCACCACCUUUACCAAACUGGCCAAUCGUUACACAGGAUGAAGUCGCUAGAUCGGACUUCGUAUCACAACAGUGUUUGGGAAAGUCUUGUAAAUUGGUAAAUACUCCGAAACGUCAGGAUAUCAACUGAUCCUUUGCAUGGGGG